AUGGCACCAUCUAUCACAAUGAUCCUGGUUCUGUUUCUGUGUCAGAUGCUGGCAGCGACUAAAACUCUCAAUGAGUCCCUUGUAUCCGAGGUCAUGGAUGUAGACCUGGAUCAGCACCGGCACCUGCCCCGUGGCGCUGACAAAGGGGAGCAACAGUCCAACUUCAGCCAAUCCUUCGACAACGACUCUGUGACACCGCCACAAGUCAUAAGAUUUUCCAACAUGACAGAUCCCGAGGGCAUUCCUCGCGACCAUAACCCUGGACUCUUCAACCCUUUCUAUCCACUCCGGCGCAGUUCCUACACUGCCUAUGUCACUGUGCUGGCAGCUGGCCUGCUGCUGGUGGUAGGUGUGGUGGGCAACAUGGUGAUCAUGUGUAUUGUGUGGAACAACUUCUAUAUGAGGUCUGCCUGGAACUACCUGCUGGCCAGUGUAGCAUUUUGGGACUUCCUGGUGCUAAUAUUCUGCCUGCCUGUGGAACUGGUCAACUGGUUGUCACACCGCCGCAUCCUCCCCGAGGUCACCUGCCGAUUGGUACCCUACAUGGAGGUGGUGUCUCUGGGCGUCACUUCUUUCACGCUGUGUGCUCUGGGUAUCGACCGUUUCCAUGCUGCCACCAGCACAUUCCAACAAAAAACACGCCAGGUGGAGCGUUGUCGCUCAGUACUGGUCAAACUGGUUGUAGUAUGGGUCGCGGCGAUGCUUCUGGCCAGCCCUGAGCUGUUCUUGUGGCAUGUUGCAAGAACUGCAUCAGCUGCCACUGCCGACUCCUGCUCAAUAAGUCCUUCCUCACCACCGUCCCUUCUCCUGCCGGAUUCCCUGCAUUCCAUCCUGCACAGGUACCACCAGGCUCGCAUGUGGUGGACUUUCGGCUGUUACUUCUGCCUGCCCGUACUCUUUACUGUCCUCUGCCAGAUGGCGACCCGCAAUGUCCACAGCGACUCCAGCGCCACCCAUAAGCAGCAUACCCAUGAUGACCCUACCUCCAAUUACAAGCGACAUCACCAGGCGCUGGAGCGACAGCUCAACUGCACUCUGUUGGCAUUAGCGGUGGUAUACACCAUAUGCAUGCUGCCUGAACACAUAGGCAACAUCACGCUGGCCUUCACCCACGUCACCAUGUCUGAGAACACUGUGGCCACGGUGACGCUUUUGCAUCACUUAUUAUUCCUCAAGUCCUCUAUCACACCUGUGGUGCUGUUAUGUUUAUGUAAGGCGCUGGGUCAGGUUUUCAUGGACUGCUGCUGCUGCUGCUGCCGAGAGUGUCAGCAGAACUCGGUUGAAGGUUCUCCAGGCUCUUCUCACAUCCCGCUGAAGGUAGCAAAAGAGGCGCCCAUCUUUUUCAACAAAGCGAAAGACACGUCGGCCACCCUGUCGAUCUCCAGUUAGAUGAUACUUCAUUGAUUGGUUUCAUCUCAUUAUGCAUCCAGCUUUUUCACUUUUCUCUUCAGUUGCUCCACUUCCGUUUGCAUUGGAAGUGUCAUCUGAAGUCGUCAUAGAGAUUUUGGGAAAUUUUGGAAAAAAUUUGAAUGAUGUUGCUGUAGCAGUUUUAAAUCGUUUAUAUUCAGUGAAAAAUAAAACAAAGUUGAAGUAGCUAAACCUAAAUUAACACGAAUAUACCAUUGUACUCACAUGACUUUUGUUUAUUGUUUUUCCAUCUGAUAAAUGUUUAUUGAAAACCUUUAAAGAAAUUUACAGCACUUAUUUCAGUAUCAGCAUAGAUUUUUUUACAUUUGAUUAAUGGCUCACUGACCCAUUGUCACCAUGGUAACCGUCACAAGGUAGCUAAAGUUUGUAGAUUUCU